UUGCGGUAGACUCACCGCGGCGAUUUCCGACGGCAUAUGAACGCGUCAUGACGCGUAUAUGGACCUACAGAAGUUGACGUGCGGUUGUUUUUGUGCUGCUCACUCACAGGCACAAACAGGCUCAGAUUAGCCAUUUAGCUUUCCCGCGGCUGGUCGGUGGUCUACGUGGGGCUUUCUGUUACUUGUAUGAAGUUAACGCUAAAAGCUGAGGCACCCGGCACAGGAAACGACUGCGGAGAUGGAUGACCUGGGGAAUCUUCGAAUUGACCAAAACGCCGCUCUGGUCAUCUUCACCUUCCUUCAGGCGGACUGUGGGGAUUCAGAGUACGGAGAGGAGCUUCGUUCCUUGGGCCAGGAAAUAAACCCAAACCGGGACAUCAAUUGCAGGGGCUUCGGGGAAGACUCCUCGGAGGAUGGAUAUCUUGAAUCUGAUGGCAUGAAUAUCACGUAUAGCAUCACAGAUGCUAUACGUGAUAUUCAGCCUUCAGUGGGGCUGCCUGGGAACCAUGCAGAAGUCUUAGUGCAGAUCGCACAAGAGCUGAGAGAAAUUGCUGCCCAGCUUGAACACAGUGUUGUAGCUCAGGCGACGCAGAACCUGAGCAGGAAUAUAAAUGCAUCCCACUCAACCCAAGAGUGGGGAAAUUACCUUUCCACAGAGGUGGAGAGAGUGUUGAGGCAGGGCUUAAGUCUCAACGACCUACCCCAGGAGCACGUCAUCUUGGCCCUGAGUCUCACCCUGGUGAAGGGAGUGUGCAAGCAGGCCCCCCAUUUGCUAAAAAACCUCUUCAACACAGCGCUGCAGUACAUUAGACUUUUGAGCAGCAGGCUGUGAGGAAAUUACUUAGAACCUAGCUGAAUCUGAAACUGACACCUGUUCUGAGGGAUCAGUUGAUUGUGUAAUUGGUUGUCUUGACUUGUUGCUAGUGAGAAUGAUUUCCAUAUGAAGGAAAGUGGUGAUGAGUCAUUUGGGUCACCAUAAUUUGAAGAAGGGAAUUUUGUUUGACACUUGAAUUUUUCCUUACUUUUUGCAUUGCUUAUAUUUACGCUUGUUAUUACGCUUGUUAAGUCUAUUUUUUCAUUUUUUACUUGACAUACCAGUACAUGAUUAGUUUGCAUUCAAUUAUUUUACUGUUGGCACAUCGGUUCAUGUAUGUGUAUUGUUUGUGUAACUUGAAUAAAUUGAUUUUUUACCAGCAA